UUUGUAUGUCUCAAUCUGUGUCUACUGGCGUCCUGGGUUGUAGCUCAGCUGACAUCACAUCCAUUUCCACACCACAGACUCUCCCUCAGACAAGCGCCCUCACUCCAUUCUCAUCCAAAAACGGUCUUCCAUCUGUGGGAGCGAUAAGCCCGAAGAGUCCUGCUUUACUCUGUGCUAAGAGCUCCUUGCCGGAACCGUCAGCUUGUGAAGAGCCCACGCCACACAACAGACAGGAGAAUGUAGCUGGUUUAGACCGGCCAGCAAGCAGUGACAGCUUCUUCCCAGAGUCAGAGGCCAGUGGGAGCACCUCAGCCUCAAACAAGGAAAAGUGCAGGAGUCCGGAUAAAGAAGAGGCUGGAUGUCAAGGAACUGAGCUACAAAACAGCAGCGGACAAACAGAGAGUUCUGGGAGGUGCCAAAAAUCAGACUGUAGUGGUAGAACAGAGGCCUUAAAACUUUUGAACAAAGGACAGUCUUCCAAGUCAGGGGACGGUUGGGAUAACCAAGGAUUCAGUUCAUCAGGGGAGAACCAAGUAGAGGAUACCGGGAGGUGUCAAGAGGAAACUGAGGAGUCAGAUUGCAUUGGGAGGAGUCAAGAGGAAUCUGAGUACAGUGGAAAGAGUCAAGCAAGGACAGGGAACAGUGAGACUCGAGAGGAACCCAAAACAAGUGACACAUCUAAGAGUGUCCAAUCCGCUGAUCUCACUGACACUCCAGGGGACCAAGAGGACCAAUCUGCUGUAUGUCAGUUCACACGCUCACAGGGUGAGCAAACUCCACUAAAGAGAGCUCAUAGUUCCUUGACAGAGUCUGCCACCCCUUUUAUCUUCCCACACACACGCUCUCGACCCCCUCUCACCCCUGCCAUGCCCACCCUGCCCGAGGAAGAGGAAGACUCCCCAGAGGAGCUCAACAGUACAUCCAGCUCGCCCUCCACAUACGCCCCUGUUGAAAGCAAGAUAGUAAAUGUAACCAUGACUCCACCAGCUAUUGUGCUUCCAAGACAAGUCGGCAAGCAGGACUCCUGUCCUUUGGAGAAAGCAAGACCACACAGCCCUAGGCCUCGUCUCUCCCGAAACUCUGCGUCAUCAUGUCCCAUCACCACAGUGGAUGAUGAUGGACAUGUGAUAGACCUGGUGAAGGAUCCUCUUCCUGAGCUGAAGUUAUCUGAAGAGGACCGUCAGAAGAAUCUGGAGCUGCUCGAUGAGGCCAAGAAAGUCAGCGAUCGCUUCUUGCAGCGCAGGGGCCGACGCUCCACCUGCAGCCUUUCGGACUCCCCCACAGCUCUCUCCCCGAACCCAACGCCAUGCUCCUCCCCCAGACUAUCCAGAAGCAGUUCCCUCUCCGCACCCUCACAACUAGGUCCUGAGGUCUUCGCAACUCCUCCAGCAAGUCCCUCCAUAACUCAGCAUCUGGAGGUACCAUCUACCCAUGACCAAGAGGAUACGAGUAAACCGGAGCAGGAGACCUUCACGAGGCUAGUAGAGUGGAUGCCUAGCGACAAGAAAAAAAAGGUGUCCUCUGGAACUUUAACCCCGCGUUAUGCCACCGCCGUGCCAGCCAGAGAUCCCGCCCUGGUUCAGAAGGAGAAGCCAGACCAUCAUAAACCAGUGGACAAGGGGACGAACUCUGAACACACAGCCCAGAAAAAGGAGGAGACUCCUGGCCGUGGUGUCAGUCAACCUCUUGCCACAGGGGUCGCCAAACCCGUCCCCCGGCCACCCACGCAGCAAGCCCCAUGCACGGCCGAAAUCAAAACAAUAGGGGCCUUCCCGCCUCUAAUGAGAGCCGUCUCCUGGGACACGGUGGGCUCCAUGAACAUGAGGAAUGCUGCUCCCAAGGGCGAGGAGAGUCUGUCCUUCCCUGACAAAUCAAGGGAGUCUCUGUUUAAGUCCUCUGGGUACAAGGACUUCCCUGUGCCACCUGGGACCGUUCAAAAACUGUCCAGUUUGCGUGAGGAGCACAAGCUGGUGCGUAACCAGAGCAUCUACAGCUCGAAGCUUCCUGACCUGAGUGAAACAGCCGAGCAGGAACGAGGUCCACCCUCUCCACUCACAAGCUCUCCCAGUGAAGAGGAGGCCAAAGAGAGACCUGACGCUAUGCCCAACAUUUCAGAUGUCAUGCUGCGCAAGCUCAAACUGCACAGGGGUUUACCUGGCUGCGCACCCCCGCUCUCAGAGAAGGAAGUUGAGAACGCAUUUGUCCAGCUGUCCCUGGCAUUCCGCAACGACAAUUACACGCUGGAGUCGCGGCUGAAACAGGCGGAAAGGGAGCGCAACCUGACUGAGGAAAACGCAGAGAAGGAACUGGAAGAGUUUAAAGGCAGUCUCAAGAGCACUGUGUCAGUGUGGCAGAAUGUUGAGCAGCGUGAGUUUUACCAGCAACUCUUAGAAACGAUCGCCGUAUUACAUCGCCUGACGAACCGCCUCUCCAGCAGGGCUGAAAUGGUGGGAGCCGUGCGGCAGGAGAAGAGAAUGAACAAGGCCACUGAGGUUAUGAUGCAGUACGUGGAGAAUCUGAAGAGGACGUAUGAGAAGGACCACGCUGAGCUGAUGGAGUUCAAGAAGCUCGCCAACCAAAACUCCAACCGCUGCUAUGGGGGUUCAAUAGACACUGGAGAUGAUGGUGUUCCACGUACAUCAAGAUCCAUGUCUCUGCAAAUGGGAAAGGCUUUGCCCAGACGGAGAGUCAGUGUAGCUGUAGUUCCCAAGUUUAAUCUGCUGAACAUCCCGGGGCAGACGCCGGCCAUCGCUGGUCUGAACAUUGCACCCGGUGCCCUUCCUGUGGUGUGUGAGGCAAACACCAUUAAGAAUGGCAGUUCGUCAGACCCUACACAACAAGAUGUGCCUGACAAACCCAGUGGAAACCCUCUGACGGAGCAGGAAAGUGAAGCAACGCCAACCAAAGUUAUCUGCAGUCCAGAGAAGAUUACAGAAGAGAUCAAAGCCAAGAUUGAAGAAGAAGCGUAUAACAAAGGAUACCAAGAAGGACUUAAGAGAUCUAAAGAGCUCCAGGAGCUGAACGAGGAGGAAGAGAAAGCAGAAGAGAACCAGGAGUCUGAAGAGGAAUUUAGAGGAAAUACCCAUAAAGACAGGAAGUCUAAUAGCAGGUUCGAGGAGGCAUUAGAGGUCAUUGACCGGAUAUGCCCCAAAUUCUUCCGACGGAAUCGGGUGCUUUGGAUUGUCCUCACUCUGUUCUUCGCUUCAUUCGUAUUGGUCAACGUCAUAAACUUCUUCAGCAGCCGCUACAGUGACAGCGGAGACACGUCUGCAGAGAAGUCCGCCAUUCCAGGCAAGAAGAAGUUUUUUGGACUGAAUGUAGGGUCGAAGACUCCUGCCCCAGAAUGACAUUAUU